UAAAAUACGUGGUUGUCAACUGCUCAAACUUCGCUAAUUCUGGGAUCUUUCUCUAUAAAAGGAGACAUUGGGGCUGCAAUUUUCUCCCACAGAUCUGCGAAAUCUAAAGUUCUUGCGAGCGUGUACUUGAGGAAAUGGGUAGCUUUGAUUUUUCAUGGAAACUGGCGGAUCACCCAAAGCUUCCGAAGGGGAAGACGGUAGCCGUAGUUGUUUUGGAUGGAUGGGGCGAGGCUAAACCUGAUGAAUACAAUUGCAUCCACACAGCCAAGACGCCGACGAUGGAUUCCCUUAAGACGGGUGCUCCUGAAAAAUGGCGCUUGGUUAGGGCUCAUGGGACAGCAGUGGGGCUUCCAACUGAAGAUGAUAUGGGUAACAGUGAAGUUGGACAUAAUGCACUUGGGGCCGGACGCAUCUUUGCACAGGGGGCUAAGCUUGUGGAUCUUGCUCUUGCCUCGGGAAAAAUAUAUGAAGGAGAUGGUUUUAAAUACAUCAAAGAAUCCUUUGACAAAGGUACUUUGCAUUUGAUUGGAUUGCUAAGUGAUGGAGGUGUUCACUCCCGCCUUGAUCAAUUACAGCUGCUGCUGAAAGGUGCUAGCGAGAAUGGCGCCAAAAGAAUCAGAGUACAUUUUUUAACUGAUGGCCGUGAUGUCAUAGAUGGAAGCAGUGUAGGCUUUGUGGAAACCCUUGAAAAUGACCUUAAAAAUUUGCGUGAAAAUGGCAUUGAUGCACAGAUUGCGUCUGGUGGUGGACGGAUGUAUGUUACUAUGGAUCGUUAUGAGAAUGAUUGGGAUGUCGUUAAACGUGGCUGGUAUGCUCAGGUUCUUGGCGAAGCACCUUACAAGUUCCAAAAUGCAGUUGAAGCGGUGAAAGAGCUCAGAAAGGAACCUAAGGCUAAUGAUCAAUAUUUGCCUCCAUUUGUCAUAGUUGAUGAGAGUGGUAAAGCAGUCGGCCCAAUAGUGGAUGGUGAUGCUGUCGUCACGUUUAACUUCCGAGCGGACCGAAUGGUUAUGCUUGCUAAAGCUCUUGAAUAUGAUAACUUUGAUAAAUUUGACCGUGUCCGUUUUCCAAAGAUUAGAUAUGCUGGAAUGCUUCAAUAUGAUGGCGAAUUAAAGCUUCCAAACCAUUAUCUUGUUUCUCCUCCCGAGAUAGAUAGGACAUCAGGUCAAUACCUUGUGAAGAAUGGUAUUCGUACUUUCGCUUGCAGUGAGACAGUGAAGUUUGGUCAUGUCACCUUUUUCUGGAAUGGAAAUCGAUCUGGAUGCUUUGAUUCAACACUGGAAGAGUAUGUUGAAAUUCCAAGUGAUGUUGGAAUCACCUUUAACGUUCAGCCUAAAAUGAAGGCACUUGAAAUUGCCGAGAAGGCAAGGGAUGCUAUUCUCAGCGGCAAUUUUGACCAGGUACGAGUUAAUAUACCGAACGGUGACAUGGUAGGACACACUGGUGAUAUUGAGGCUACCACUGUGGCUUGUGAGGCUGCAGAUGUAGCUGUAAAGAUGAUUCUUGAUGCCAUUGUGCAAGUGGGUGGCAUCUAUGUUGUCACUGCAGAUCAUGGCAAUGCUGAGGACAUGGUGAAAAGGGGUAAAUCUGGGCAGCCAAUUUUUGACAAAGAAGGGAAAGUUCAAAUUCUCACCUCUCAUACCCUUCAACCGGUUCCUAUCGCCAUCGGCGGCCCCGGCUUGAGUCCCGGUGUUCGUUUCCGGAGUGAUGUGCCAGAUGGUGGCCUUGCCAAUGUUGCUGCUACUGUGCUGAACUUCCAUGGAUUUGAUGCACCCAGUGACUAUGAAACCACCCUAAUUGAAGUAGUUGAGAACUAAAUAUACUGUGUAAUUUUCUAUUUAUAAUAUGCUAAUAUGAUUUUUAUAUUACUUAAGCUCAUAGAAAAUCUUAAAAUAAGUUUACUCCAUUGAACUGGAGAAUGGUCUUGAGGUUGCCGGUGGUCAAAGUUUUGGGCUGUGUCAUUGUAGGUUGUAUUAAUGUGUGGAGUUUCUCCCACAAUGACUUUCUUGCUUUGAAUAUUUACGUUACUUUUGAAGGAUGUUUUUUGCUUAAAGUUUCAUAUGUUGUAUUAUUGGAUAAUUGGUUAUGGCAAAGACAAUCAAUUAUGGGCUGUUGA